CAUUGAUAGGCUGAUUUGCAGGAUGAUUCUAAUAGGGAUGAUGCAACUGGCCGAGGCAAGACUAGACUGUUUGGAGAUUCUUAUAAUAGAUGUUGUCUAAGCACUGGCGUACACCCGGAUGUCUGCAGACAAACAUCGCUCCCCCUGUCGGUUGCUUCGUCUCCCCCACCUUUUCACAUCACUUUGGGCAGUGACCCUUCAAUACGGCUGCUUGGCGCGGACAAGACGGAAUCCCCCCUUCCGACCGGCCGAAAGCACUUACGGUGGAAUAGAAACAGGUUGUUACGCUGUCUGCAGUCCCAGCGCUAUGUGUGGGUGCAACGCACAUGCAAUUUGUGCCCCCGCUCUCUGGGCUGGUAGCGAUCACUUUAAAGGUAAUGCCGUUGUCCUUGAAUCUGAGCAGCGCAAACAUGAUGGAGUGGGCAGUAAACAUGAUGGAAUUUGUACAAGGGAAUGAGGCAAAGCCAAAGUAGC